AAGGAAGGAGAAGAACAAGCGGUCAGAGGACAGAAAAAUAAAAAAGUGGUUUUAUUUUAUUCAUGAAUGAAGUUUUGUGUAUCGUACAGGGGCAGUACUUCAUAAAUUUUUACACCGAAUUGUACAUGGAAAAGUAACAGCUUCAUUUUAAUGCUUCUCGUUACCUACAUCAAAAAUAAGAUUUUACUUCGUCCUGGUUAUUGACGUUUACUCCAAUACCUAGCAUCAUCGUAAAAAAAUAGUUUCUAAAUACUGUUUGUGUAUCCUGUUUAUGGGCGUGUGGUAGCAGGCAGUGAAAAUUUAAGUAUUAUUGAAUAUAGUGGAAAGUGUAAUCGUGAUAAAUUGGAUAAUAUGUGGUAUAAAUUAGUAUUGAUGUGGCAAACCGGAUUGCUGCAAGCUGGAGAAAACGUGACGCUUUUAUAAGAUGGGUGAGCGCGCGCGGCGAGCGGGCGACGCGCCUGCCGCGUCUCUCAUGCGCUGCACGCUGAGGACGACCCAAUACGCUAUUUGUCGAUUGCAUUAAAGCGGGCUUACCCGGAUAGCAUGGAGGAGUGCAAGAAACGACAUUCAGGCACAAAAGUUUCCAAAAUCGCAAAUAUAUUUCAAGGAAUGCCGUCAAAAGAGGAAGAAGAGAUGCGCGGAAGUGACGUUACUGUUGUAAGGACUGAGAGCCAUUUGGCACGCUUCAAUACUGCAAGGGCUCUAUUUGAAAAAUUAGGAGAAGAAAAUCGUGGUUUUAGGAUUGAGAAGUCUCCAUCAGCGGCAGCGAGUUUUGCUGGCACUAGAGGCGUCCCACCCCCGGCGCCGGCGCGGUCUCGCUCCAGUUCCGCUGGUUCCGUGAGCCCACCACGGCGCAUUAUAACACCGACGCCUGUAGCACCUACAAUCAACGGUGACCGCCUUGCGAAUGGUGGACAACAGCCACCUAAGCCUGCUAAACCCAGUGUUUUACCGAAACCGGAAAAACCAGACAGACGUUUAAAUAAAGAGCUUAUAGAAAAGCAAAGAAAUUGGACUGCUCAUUUUAAUAAAACGCGCCCGUCUCGCCAUGACCAAGAAGCGAAGUCGGAUUCUAGAUAUCAAGAUAGAAAAUCACCUGAAGUAACUGAUAACUAUGUUGUUCCGUCGAGAGUGUACUCCCCACCACUAUCACCGUGCGCUGGUGACUCUCAAGUGGAACGACCGACAACUCUCCCUUCUAGUUUAAUUAAUCGUGUUUUACCUAGUGCGAAAUCUCCUAGUCCUGUGAAAACAGUUCCCCCUGUGUCACCUUCCUUUAGAUCUAAUAAUUCAGUAUCACCCACCGUCAAGUCUGAUAUACCAUCUCCCGCUGCAAGAAGAGAUAACAUAAUAUCUCCAGCGAAAAGUAGCAUAGAUAGUAUCUUACCACAAGUUACAACAAAAGUAUACCCGAAAGCUCGAUCAUCGCUAUCUCCAGAGAUCGAAAAUGAUGAUUCGCCCAAAGAAAAGGAUGGUUCUAUUUCUCCCAAUAUGGCUGAUAAUUUACAGUCAGCAAGUACUGUGGUCAAACCAAAUGAAAGAAUAUCACCUGCAACCACGCCGCAUGCGCCAUCUGCGAUAGAUCCCGCCCCUAGAUCAAAAAAAUCACCACCGUCUCCCCCACCGAGGUCACCAAAAUCUCCAUUACUUCUUGUAUCCCAAGAAGAUAUAGAAGACACCGACCGAGAACAUUCUAAGUCACCAUCACCCGAAGAGAAUGGGCUCAGGCUAUCAUCAGACAACUUCACUGAAUGUAUUGAAGAUUCGAAUUAUUCUGGUCGUGCUUUAACCCCAAAAUCGCCUACUCCAUCUGCUAAUUAUGAGGAAGAAGAAGGUAAAUCGGGUAGCGAACGUGAUCUUCCUACAUCACUUAGUCCAGAAAAUGGCGAAAAUAUCAAAACAUCACCAAAACCGUCAGAUACCACAAGCUUAGAAGAUGACGGAUACGAAGCUGUAAACUAUGACGCUGAAUGGGAGGAAAAAUCAAAACGGCGUUCAUCGACGCCGGAAUCGCCUGCAGGCACUGCAGACGUGGACCAUGGAAUACGUUCUCCGCUUGCAUCACCUCUCGCUUCUCCUGUGCAUCACCACGUUUACUCAUCUACUCCGCCAUCGGUUCACACUUCACCUUCGCCGCUGGGCGGGGGUCGCAAGUCGUCAGAGGCGGAGGAGGGCGUACGGCGCAGCGGUUCCCGCGCCUCCAGCGUGUCGGACGAGGGCGGGUUCAACGAGCCCUCGCCGGAGGUGGUGGCGCGGCUGCGGCCGGCCGACUACCGCGAGCCGCCGCCCCCGCCGCUCACGCGUGACCAUCGCGACGCCGAGCGGGCGCGCUCCGACCCCGACACACUGUCCGUCUUGCAGCAGGACUCGGGCGUGGUAGUAAGCGAAGCCAGCCAAGGCUCCAUCGAGGUGCUCGACAAGUCGACCACCAGCCAAUGGAGCGUAUCGGAGGCGGAGAACGCGUCGGGCGAGGUGCGCGCACCCGACGCGGACACGCGCUGGGACGACCCCGAUGGGAAGCAGCCCGACAGCAUGACCCCCGACGAGGCGGAGAUAUUGCUCAGCUCGAGUAUUCUGGAGAAAAAACUUAGACAAGAAGCUCUGCUGUCCGAUGAGCAAGCGCAAGAGAUCGUGGCCAUGCUGUCGCCGCACACGUUGCCGCACGACAACGGCGUCUCGCUCAACGACAGCUACCAGUCCGUACUCUCAUACGAGAGUAUGCAGUCAGUGGACGAGAGCUACGAGUUCGUUUCGCUGGAGGCGGACGCGGGUAUGGCCAGCGGCGACCGGAAGCAACCUCAAGCGGGGGGUGGGGAAGGCAUUCCCGUGGAAGGGGCGGGAGAGGGAGGGGAGGCGGCAAGGGUGGCCGAUGCUACCGCACAAGGGGAAGGAGAAGCGGAGGGGGAGGGCGGUGUGUUCGCGCAAUACCCGCCGCAGCCGCUGCGCGAGCUCGGCGAGGAGAACGGCAUACACUACUUCGAGGACGGACACUUCUAUACAGAGGUCGCCGGCCUCCCCCCUAUAGAAGAAGACGAAGACGACGACUAUUACCCUCCAGUAUUUGUGAAGAAGAGCAGUAAAGUUAAAUUCAGCUGUGAUCCGAUGCGAGUGUUCUCCACGCAUUCGGUCCGCGAAUACGACCGUCGCAACGAAGAUGUGGAUCCUGUGGCAGCUUCCGCUGAAUACGAGCUCGAGAAGAGAGUCGAGAAAAUGCACGUGUUCCCCGUAGAUCUAGUUAAAGGCGCCGACGGAUUGGGACUGUCUAUUAUAGGUAUGGGAGUCGGUGCGGACGCGGGCUUGGAGAAAUUAGGCAUUUUCGUAAAGACCAUCACAGAGAGCGGAGCGGCAGCGCGCGACGGCCGCAUACAAGUCAACGACCAAAUCAUCGAAGUCGACGGCAAGAGCUUGGUUGGCGUAACGCAAGCGUACGCAGCUUCAGUAUUACGUAAUACGUCGGGUCCGGUGAAGUUCCUCAUCGGUCGAGAGAAGGACCCGGAAAAUAGCGAAGUCGCACAUCUUAUAAGGCAGUCGCUAGCGGCGGACAAGGAGAGAGAAGAACGCGCGAACAGACAGAGACGCCAGCAGACCGAAGAAGAGGAACCUGCUCAGAACCAAGCCGCUGAUCCCGCUACGCAAACGCGGCACCCCGAAAUCAACGAGCUGCGUUCUUUUCUACACGAGUUGGUUGGCAUGGAGAGCGGCGGCGGCGGCAGCGCGGAAAUCAGCGCGCGCGUGCGCUCGUGGUGCCAGCAGCGCGCGCCCGACGAGCCGCUGCGGCACGCGCUCGCACACGCCGCCGACACUGCGCACCGCGCGCAGCGCAAGUACGACAAGGCGCGACGAGCUCUACGCGAGUGGCGUCGCACACGCGCGCUGGUGCGUGCCCGCGAAGAGUGGUGGAGCGGCACGCUCCGGGACGCGCACCGCGAGUACGCGGCCGCGCUCGCCGCCCUGCACGACCGCGUCGCGCGGCUCGAGGUGCUGCUGCUGGAAACUCAAAAGAAAGCCGGCUUACCCGUAAUGCUGCCACAUGAACCCUCAGCACGCAGAGAAACGCCGCCGCUACCACGACGGCCAGAUCCUGAUCCUUUGUUGAUAAAUGACCCAUGGAGCUCCGACAGCGAUUUGUCCGACCUCUCCCCCGUCGAGGACGAGUACGCGAAAGUGGACAAGUCCGCCUGUCGGCGGGACCGCGAGCCACCAGACCUCGGUGACGUCACUGCCACCACGGCCAGUGACGUCAGACCCUCCGCCAGCAUCGUCAAUGUGACGUCAUCGGUAGCACCAGUGGCGACCGUAGCACCGGUUGUUACGCCCGCUCCGGUUCCUGUCGCUUCGCCGACGCCUGUUACGGUGCCGUCUGUAGCCACCGUUGUCACCACCAACGUCUCUGAACGAUUAACGUCAACGUCAACGACCAGCGGCAGCGGCGUCAGCGUCGGCGGCAACGGCAACGGCGUCGAAACGGUGGCGUCCCGCGAACUGGACGCGGCGGUGCCACGCGGCGCUCUACUGGACAAUUCUGCGCACCGCGCGCGCACCGACUUAGCACGCCACCGCCACCACGCGCCGCACUCCCCGCACUCGCCGCACUCGCUCAGCAACGCUAGCUCCUAUGACGGUCUUGAUGAUUCGUAUAAUGACUCUGCUGACGAAUCACUAAGCGAAUCGACGUCGGGCGCUCCACCUAACACAGGUCAUUCUACGCGUGACACUCGGCAAAGCUGCGGCAGCUCCAUAGGAAGUGCCACAGACGAUGGCAUAUAUUCGCGGGACCACCGACACCAUCCACUAUCAGGUCCGCCGGCGUCGCUAGCGGAGCAGUUGAAGCAAGUGUUGGCGGAGAGAGAGAGGCGACUCGCUACCACAGACGCGCCUCAGACCACCCACGUGACCCACGUGACGCACACGAGCCACGUGAGCCACGCGACGUCUCAUCGCCCGGACCCCGUGCAGCUCACCAAUGAGCUCGUGGACGAGAUACGCCAGGCCGUCAGUGAGGCCAACGCCCGAGUGAAGAAAGCUCCGACUUGUGUAGUCGGCGGCGAGGUGCCGUGGCAGCCGUUGUCCACCGCCGUGUCGGAGAGCAGCCUGGCGCCGCCCGCGCACGCGGGGCCCUUCGCGCCGCUGCCAGUCAACCAGUGGACUAAACAACAGGUAUGGCAAUGGGUAUCGGGCGCAGGCGAGGGCCUAGAGCGUCACGCGGGUGCUUUCGCAGCGCGUGGCAUCGACGGCGCGUUGUUACUGGCGCUGAGCUCCGCUGACCUCAAGCUGCUGGGGCUGGGCGGAGACGACCGCCGCCGCAUGAAGCGACGCCUCAAGGAGCUGCGCAGCGCGCACGAGAAACACCUCAAGGCGCUAAAGAAGGCAGAGAAGAAGGCUAAGAAGAAGUAGACUCCUACCCACUGGGUCAGUACACACAAACUUAUGUUUAAAAUCGCCUGCCCAUCAAAGUUUACAGCGCCGCUGCAAACCCCCCAAGAAAGACUAAAAGCGAAAAGAAGUAGGCGCCUUUCUUUACUGACACCUAAACCGUUGCUGCUUCAAAAUCGCGCAACGACCUCCGUCUAUUUGGAGUUCCGCUUCAGUGACUUGAGAUCAGCGCAGGAGUGUGGCAAUGGGUACUAGCGCUGAGCUUGGGCGACCUCAAGCUGCUGGGGCUGGGCCGAGACGACCGCCGCCGCAUGAAGCGACGCCUCAAGGAGCUGCGCAGCGCGCACAAUAAACAUCUCAAGGCGCUCAAGAAGGCAGAAAAGAAGUAGACUCCUACCCACUGGGUCAGUACACCCAAACUUAUGUUUCUUUAAAAUCGCCUGCCCAUCAAAGUUUACAGCGCCGCCGCAAACCCCCCAAAAAAGACUAAAAGCCAAAACAAGUCGGCGUCUUUCUUCACUGACACCUAAAUCGUUGCUGCUUUAAAGUCGCGCAUCGUCCUCUUGACUAUUUGGAGCGUCGCUUCAGUGACUGGAGAAUCGCCCAUGAGUAUGGCAAUGGGUAUCCGGCUCGGGCGAUGGCCCGGCAGGAAUCGAGCUCCAACAGUUUGGAGCCUCAGCUCUGGUAUGAGAACUGCGUACAAGAAGCACCUCAAAAAGGGGUUCUUUGAGCCGGCGUUGUGCGUCCUAAUGAGGCUUCUAUACCGCUGAUAUAAACAUAGCGAGUUUAUAAGAAAAUUAACAUUUUUUUAUUUUAAUCAUUUAAUUGCUAAAAAUAUAAAUCUAGUUUUUUUACUAGAAAAAAAUCUCUAUGCCGACACUUCCCUCGGCUAUUCUUAUUUGCUGUUUGUCAUUUUUACAACAGAUUAUCUUUAUCAUUUUCUGUAGCAGAGAAUAGGAGAAACCGUUGUCAAGUUUACAAACAGCAAAUACGAAUAAUUAUAAGUGCCAGUAUAUAAGAUUUAUAAACAACGUUGUUUGUUUGUUAUGGCUGUUUAUGUGUGUGCACGGCACGUACAGGGACAAUCGUAUGGGACACGAGGUAAAAAUUAACAAUCGGAAAUCAACUUUAUUGAAACUGGUGUUCAUUGUCACUAUGAAGAGAUGAAAUUGUGAAAAUGAAGUAGCGUAGCGUUUGGAACUAUUUUAACCUAUUGGUCGCUUCUCAAUACACCGAUUGUAUGCAUGACUAUCUAAUGGACGAAGUUCGCAAAAGUCGAAGUAUUUUGGAUCGAACUGAAGCUCAGCUUAUACACAGAGUUAAGAAAAUUCAAGUGGCUAUUGAUUUUAAAGAUGCUACUUUUAGUUUACAAAUCAAAUAAACAUGAAAUUUGGAUUCUUCAUACUUAAUUACAAAUGCGCUUUUUGAUUCGCUGUUAUGCAAUUCAUCUUCUUAAAUUUUUAACGUUAACUAUUAAGAGAGAACAGUAUAAAGAAGCCUUAGAGACUACACCGAUACUAUUUCGUAACGUUUAAGCCUUUAUCUCGAUCAUCUCUUCAACUUCUGUCUAUCUUCUUUGCUCAUUUCUGACUUGUCUUCUAUAUCUACUAUCAUUCUGUUUCCCAUGCAAUUGUGAUAUUUUCUUUGCCAAUUUUCAAUAGUUUCUGUAUGUUGUUAAGUGUUAAACCAACUGUUUUUAUUAUUUCUGAAUAUGGCUGUUUCCGCACCUAUUUCUUUUUGGCGUAUAUUUAGUUUGUAGAGGAUAUUGGGCUAGAGUCACAUCAGCCAUUGCAGCUCCGUUAUGUUUUCAGUUAUGUCCCUAGAGCCUUCAUAUUAACGAUUGUUUUGGAGUUGAACAUUGAUAAUACCUCUCUGUUCCAUUCCCGCAUAAUGCGAGCGGCUGUUUCCUCAGCCUUCAUUAAUCUUUUAAAUAGAGGGGUUGUCCGUGUCAUCUAAGUCGAAAAGAUGUCUAUGAAACAACGCUUAACAACACACAUUAUUACGUUUCAUGUAAAUAUAUUUUUUCGAAGAGUGCAUGUAGGUAGUUAUGUUCCAAGAAUAAUUUCUUGUGUCCAUUGCGUUCAACGCACAAGAUCAUGCGAGUGAAUCUGUUCGACAUCGGUGAUGGAUAUCUAGCUGUGUCUGAUAGCGUUUGGAGUGCCAUCUGACCUGUAGCUUAGAGUUUAGGGACGUUAGUGCUGCUUUGAACGAAGAAACGAAUCUAAUGUUAAUCGAAAAAUUAGUUGUAAGCCAAUAAGAAACAGGACAAUUAGAGAAUUUAAUUUUAGACUGUCUUAUUAUAUUCUUAUGAUAAUCUAACCUAUUGCUGUAUUUAAUCCUCAACUGAUAUUGCGUUGAAUGUAAUAAUGAAAUUCUUCGUUGUUCCUACAUUUUGUAUUAAUUGCGUCAGGUUUUCUAGUUCGGAAUGAAUCGUGGACGAUUGGAAAAACACUGGCUCAAUCUAGUCAUAAGAUGAAUUGUGUAAACUGUUUGGAAAAUCAUCAAACUUCAAUACUUAGAUUUUUUUCAUAUAGUUAUAAGAUUUUUAGGAUAAAACUGUUAACCUUGAAGAUUAAGGUGUGUGGAUAAAACUGUCGUCAUGUCACGUACCUAUUAUUAUGUCAAACUAUAUGUAUUACUAAAUAAUUAACUUAUUUUAGAUUUCGUAAUCGGAAAACAAUGCAAAUUGAUUUUGGUUACUUCAGCAUUUAAUUUCGAUAUGUAUUGCACAAAAUGUACUUAGAAAUAAGGUGACACUGUUGAGUGUUGCCAGGUUUAGUGUUUAAAAUUAUAUAAAUAGUCAAGUUUCAUGAAGUAUGUGAUCUCAUUUCAUGUAAGAGUACCGCUACGUAUCCAUCUCACCCGGGUCGCAGUACUUGUUGAGGCAGUUAAUUUUCACUGGUUAGUUAGUUAGUGAUGAGAUACAGUUUUCAGUUUCUUUUUUUACAAUACAUUCCAAUAUUCUUUUAUUAACGUUAAUUUGAGUCACAUCUUUGUGUUUUUUAAAAUAAUUAAGUAAUCUUUUAUAGUUUCUCUUAUAAGCAACAAAAUAUAUUCAGCGUUAUUUCUGUCUGUAUAGUUAUGUAUGUGUUUGGUUUUUCUGUCUGAUGUCGUGUAAAUAAAGCCUCAAAUUUAGACUGAAUCGGACUACCGAGGAGUGCUUGUAAUGCCGUGUGACUGAAUGUACAUUUGAAUAUUUAUUUCUAAUAAGUUUUAAAUAAUUAAUGUAAGUAGAGUCGAUUAACCAUUGCCAAAAUUAAACAGUACAUUGUUUGAUAUUUGUUGAUUUAUUAAUUUACUUCUCUUUUAAAUUAUGUUAAUAUUUAUUUUGGGACCAAAUUAAUUUAUUAUGAACUUUCUAAUUUUAUGUAUUUGGGUGUGUGUUCAGAUGAAAGAUUUUUAUUUAUAAUUUAAUAAACAAACCAAAGUCUAAAUCAUAUUGUUUUUACUGUUAUAUUCAGUGUGAACAACAUGUAUAUUAUGUGAGGUGAUGAUGGAAAUAUAAUCUGCAGUGUAAACACG